AUGAGGGAAGAAACUAUGAGACAGGAAGACGUUAAGGGAGGUUAUAGCACAACCUCUGCUGCAGAGUUGGAUGGUGAGAAGAAUGAAGGUACUUUAUUGGAGUUCCGUGGUUUAAAAUCUCAUAUUAGAUCUGUCAGGUCUCCAGUUGCCGGUGAAGUUAACUAUAUCAAUUCUGCUACUUCGAAUACCGAUAAAGGACUGCUGGCAGAAAUUGGUUACAAGCAAGAAUUAGAACGUAAAUUUUCUACUAUACAAGUGUUUGGUGUUGCAUUUUCCAUCAUGGGAUUACUACCGUCUAUCGGUACUCUUCUUUCCGAUGGUCUGGCAGGUGGUCCAGUUUCUACCAUUUGGGGGUGGCUUAUUGCAGGGUUUUUCAUCUUAGUACUUGGUUUAGCCAUGGCUGAAAAUGCAAGUGCAAUUCCAACAGCAGGUGGUCUUUACUACUGGACUUAUUAUUAUGCUCCCAAAGGUUACAAAGCAGUAAUGUCAUUUAUUAUCGGAUGUUCUAAUUCCUUGGCGCUAACGGCUGCAUGUUGUUCAAUUACAUAUGGGUUUGCUGAAGAAGUGCUAGCAGCUGUUGUACUAACUAAAGAUGGUAAUUUCGAUGUUACUAACGGUAAAUUAUACGGUAUUUUUGCAGGUGCCGCAAUUAUGAUGGGUGUUUGUACAUCUGUAGCAUCUGGAUUCGUUGCCAAAUUGCAAACACUAAGUAUUAUCUGCAAUUUGUUCAUCAUCGUACUAUUCUUUAUCGCUGUACCAAUUGGUGCUAAGGUGAACAGAGGUAAAUUCAACCAUGGCCAUUUCAUCUUUGCAAAUUAUCAAAAUUCUAGUGAUUGGAAUAACGGUUGGCAAUUUUGUCUAGCAGGAUUUAUGCCCGCAAUUUGGACUAUUGGUGGGUUUGAUUCAUGUGUACAUCAGUCUGAAGAAGCUAAGGAUGCAAAAAAAUCGGUAGCAUUGGGUAUCGUUGGAUCUAUUAGUGUAUGUUGGAUCCUUGGUUGGUUUAUUCUAAUUGUUUUGCUUGCAUGUAUGGAUCCUGAUGUGUCAAAGACUAUGAAUACCAAGUACGUGUUGUCCAUUGCACAGAUCAUUUAUGAUUGUCUAGGUAAGAACUGGGCGAUUGCAUUCAUGUCCUUAAUUGCAUUCUGUCAAUUUCUAAUGGGUGCAUCUACAAUUACUGCAGUUUCGAGACAAAUUUGGGCCUUCUCUAGAGAUAAUGGAUUACCCUUUUCCAAAUACAUUAAGAAGGUCAACAAAACUUAUUCCAUUCCAUUUGUUGCAAUUAUUGCAGCUUGUUGUGGUACUUUGGUGUUAGGUCUGCUAUGUCUACAAGACGAAGCGGCUAACGCAUUGUUCAGCUUGUCGGUUGCUGGUAACAACUUAUCAUGGGGGACACCAACUUUCUUAAGAUUGACCUUUGGUAAGGAUUUAUUUAGACCAGGUCCUUUCUAUUUAGGUAAAUUUCUAUCUACCGUUAAUGGUUGGAUAUCCGUUUUUUGGGGAUUGUUCGUCAUCAUCUUGGUCAUGUUCCCUACAAGUCAACACAAUGUGACUCCUCAAAGUAUGAAUUACGCCUGUGUUAUUGGACCUGGUGUUUGGAUCCUAUCGUUUAUUUAUUAUAUCACUUACAAGAAGAAGUACUACCACGGACCGGCUUCUAAUCUAACAGAGGAAGAGUACGUCAAUGCUGUUGGCGAAGACGUACUUGACAAUAUCGAUAACGUUUUAUCACAACCCGAAAAGGUUGUGUAA